CCAACAUUUCCAUAUCUCUCGCCACUCUUCGGAGCUACAACAAAGUAAGCUUAGAGAUCUCUUCGGAGAUACGUGGAACCAAAAAAAUGGGUUUAGGCUUAUUAGCUUCAAGAACCCUAAAAUCCUCGAGAACCGUCUCUUCUCAAUACUCUAGAUUCCGACCCAUCGUCACCAAACCCGGGCUCCAAUCUCCCGAUGCUUCAGCAGCAGCAGCAGCACCACAGCCGGAGCCCACUCCGCCUGCACCGAAGAAACCCGUUGCCGGUGCCCGUGUCCACUUCACUAACCCGGAUGAUGCCAUCGAGGUGUUCGUUGAUGGGUUCCCGGUGAAAAUCCCUAAAGGCAUGACUGUUCUUCAGGCCUGCGAGAUCGCUGGAGUUGACAUUCCGAGGUUUUGUUAUCACAGUCGACUUUCGAUUGCUGGGAACUGCCGUAUGUGCCUUGUCGAGGUCGAGAAAUCCCCCAAACCCGUCGCCUCUUGCGCCAUGCCCGCCCUCCCUGGAAUGAAGAUUAAGACGGAUACACCAGUGGCAAAGAAGGCACGUGAAGGGGUAAUGGAAUUUUUGCUGAUGAACCAUCCACUGGAUUGUCCAAUUUGUGAUCAGGGUGGGGAAUGUGAUCUCCAGGAUCAGUCUAUGGCAUUUGGAUCUGAUCGUGGCCGUUUUACUGAAGUUAAGAGAUCUGUUGUUGACAAGAAUCUUGGUCCUUUAGUAAAGACUGUCAUGACUCGUUGCAUUCAGUGUACAAGGUGUGUUAGGUUUGCAACAGAAGUUGCUGGUGUUCAGGAUCUUGGCAUGUUAGGUCGUGGUAGUGGAGAAGAAAUUGGAACUUAUGUUGAAAAGCUUAUGACAAGUGAACUCUCUGGAAAUGUAAUUGAUAUUUGCCCUGUUGGAGCCCUUACCUCUAAACCCUUUGCAUUUAAGGCCCGAAACUGGGAGUUGAAAGGAACAGAGACUAUUGAUGUAACUGAUGCGGUUGGUUCCAAUAUUCGGAUUGAUAGCAGAGGUCCAGAGGUUAUGCGUAUCAUUCCACGUUUAAAUGAGGAUAUAAAUGAAGAAUGGAUAUCAGAUAAGACUCGUUUCUGUUAUGAUGGAUUGAAGAGACAGAGGCUAAAUGACCCCAUGAUUCGUGGUGCUGAUGGACGCUUCAAGGCUGUGAGCUGGCGCGAUGCAUUGGCUGUGGUUGCUGAGGUUGCCCAUCAGGUUAAACCAGAGGAAAUUGUUGGGGUUGCUGGUCAACUUUCUGAUGCUGAAUCCAUGAUGGCACUGAAAGAUUUGUUAAACAACAUGGGAUCAAACAAUGUGUGGUGUGAAGGAACUGGCAUGAGCCCUAAUGCUGAUCUAAGAUACAGAUAUCUUAUGAAUAGUAGUAUUGCUGGCCUUGAGAAGGCAGAUGUAUUCCUUUUGGUUGGUACCCAGCCAAGGGUUGAAGCUGCUAUGGUAAAUGCCAGAAUUCGCAAGACAGUUCGGGCAACAAAUGCUAAAGUUGGCUACGUUGGUCCUCCAACGGAAUUUAACUAUGAUUGCCAGCAUCUUGGCACUGGCCCUCUAACACUUCUUGAGAUUGCUGAGGGUCGUCAUUCUUUUUGUUCAGCCAUCUUAAAUGCCAAAAACCCUGCCAUCAUUGUUGGGGCUGGGCUGUUUGAGAGGAAGGACAAAGAUGCAAUUUUUUCUGCUGUUGAAGCCAUUGCAAAAUAUGGGAAGGUCAUCAGACCUGACUGGAACGGACUCAAUGUUUUACUUCUCAAUGCUGCCCAGGCUGCAGCCCUCGACCUUGGACUUGUGCCAGAAUCCAACGACAGCAUUGCUUCUGCGAAGUUCUUGUAUCUAAUGGGUGCUGAUGAUGUAAACUUGGACAAAGUUCCAGCAGAUGCUUUUGUGGUGUAUCAGGGGCACCAUGGGGACCGUAGUGUGUAUCGUGCCAAUGUAAUUCUUCCUUCAGCAGCAUACACUGAGAAGGAAGGCACAUAUGAAAAUACAGAAGGGUGCACUCAGCAAACAUUGCCUGCUGUCCCCACAGUAGGUGAUGCAAGGGACGAUUGGAAGAUCAUUCGAGCACUCUCUGAGGUUGCAGGUAUUCGAUUACCUUAUGAUUCACUAAGGGGCAUACGCUCCAGGAUGAGGACUGUGGCACCAAACCUACUGCACAUGGAUGAGAUAGAGCCAGCCACUUUUGGACCUUCAUUGAGUCCUGAAAUCACUCAGGAUAUAAGCCUGACGCCCUUCAGGCCUGCUGUGGAAAAUUUCUACAUGACUGAUUCGAUUACCAGGGCAUCAAAAAUAAUGGCACAAUGCUGCGCGAUGCUACUAAAGAAGUGAGUGGUGGAUUUCAGUAUUUAAUAAACAUUGAGAUUCACUUUUUCUUGUUUUUUUUUUUUUUUUUGUUUAAUCCUGUCAUACCUUAAUUUCAGCCAUGAACUGGCUGAGCUUCUUGAACAGUGGACAAUGUGUCAAUAAAGGAAGUUUAGGUCCUUUUGUUUCAAUGUAACAUGUUUUGCAAUGUAAGAGCAUUUCCUUGUAAAACACUGCCUGUAAGACACAUGGUUGCCGAAUUCUUUCUCUUUUGAGAUUGACCAGAGAUAUCCUGAUGCCACCGUAUUCUAUGAAACGUGAUUCUCUUAUCA